ACAUUUCUCUUGAAAAGCAAAGCAUGCAUAUUUCCGUACUUCCUUCAACGAUCGCAAAUAAUAACAAUAAAGAAAAGUUCGAUAAUGAAGCAUCUGGUAGCGGUAAGGCAGUAAAUAAAGAGAAUGAAACUACUAUAGAUGAUGCCAGUUUGAAUAAGACAUCUAUAGGUCACAAUAUCACAAUGGAUGGUGUUCAAAAAGAACGGACUAUACCAUUCAUAGAACCAACUUUAUCGGUUAAUGAGAAAGCAUCUAUCGAACAUCAAUUUAGCACGCCAAUGGAUGUAGAUACCUUUUACUUGGACGUCGGAAUAAGAGAUAUCUCCGAUGUUGAGCGAGUAGGAAUAUUAUUAAGAAAAGAUCGUUCAGAUUCUUUCAGAAUUUUAAAUCCACAAACCCUAGCAAAUUGUGUGGGACUUGAUUUAAGUGAUAAAGAUCUACUUGCGUUUCAUUCAUCACCUGAUGAAACAAUUCUGUCAUCUACAUUUCGUACAUUUUCUGAAAUCGAAUUUAAAAAGGCAUGGGAUGACUUUGUUGAUCGCAUUCAAAAUGUCGAUUCAUUGAUUUCUGCUUUGCUAAACCCUAACAUCGAGGGAAUAGUUGCUACUAAUGCAUUUGAGUUAGAGCGCAUUGUAAAUUUAUUGGCGGAAGUAUUUCAUCAAAUAUCUGAUGUAAUCAUAGAAGUACUUCGAGGUUUAUUAGAAUGCAUGGAAGAAACAAGAGUUGUAGAAAUCCUUCUUGGGUGUUGUGAUAAAAAUCGCGGUUAUGACACAUUAUACAAAACUUAUAUCUUACCAAUGCUCCAAGUCAAAAGGUUAUCUUCGCGGACCUUGCAUUUACUUCAAGCAAUUGUGAAGAAGGUAUCUGUUUACGAGGCCUGUACGCUAAUUCAACAAAUGGCGGACAAUGAAUUGCGACACGAAUCAAUCCGUAGGAAAAGUUAUAUUGAGAAAAAUGAAGUAACAAGUGAUAGUACUCAACAUGAUGUUAACUCUAUGCUAGUGGACGAGAAUCCACAAGAACAAGAACAAGAUGAUGUUGAAUUAAUAAUUGAACAAGUUAUUGAUUGCCUACAAAUAAUAUCAAAAGCAGCUCUGUAUCAUCUGGCCCUAAAUGCGAGUGAUGAAAUAAAUCAAGAUUAUCCUACUACUUUUUCUUUUCGAUAUCUAACGUCGUGUCGUCUUUUUUCUGCAAUUACUGUUUUAUUAUCCUCUCAACGUAUACGAGCUUGUUCAAGAUUCCAUGAACUAGUAAAUUCUCUCGGAAAAUUAUGCAUUAUUUUGCUGGGUGCACCUGUCGGAAUGCUUUACUUAGCUCGACAGUUGCAGCAGUCCCGAGAUCAAGUUGGCAACAGUUUAAUUACUAUAUGGUCCAGUCUUCUGUGCCAACAAAACCAAGAUCUGAAUUUACAAGAUGAAACUGAUGAAUCGUUUGCAAAUAUUCAUCCUAUAUCCAUCGAAAGUUGGUCAGAUGUAGAUGAAAUAAGACGAACUCCAGGUGUCGGUGAUAUUUGGUGUGGUCUCGGACAAUCCACUUCUGGUAAUUACGAUGAAGACUACGAUUAUAUAUACGAUUACAGUGAAGAUGAAACAUCAGUUAAUGAAGAAGAAAAUUAUAAUGUGACAAAGGCAAGACAAAUCCUAAAAAUGCAAAGUUACGGAGCCAUCGGUUCUGAAUCAGACUGUUUGGAUAAAUGUAUAAUUCCCUCCGAUCAAUUGGCUGUGGCAUCGACGAUUAUAUAUCUUGAUGCUCUUCCGACCAUUUUAUCUCUCGUGAAUGUCGCUCCUAUUCAAGACACUGCUAUGAAUUCCGCUGCAAGCGAUGCGUUAAAUGCAUUUGGCCGUAUACCUUUGGAGCUACUAGAAUUGGCGAUUAAAUUCUCUCAAGCAUUUCCGUUCUUAUUGACUCAUCAAAUGCAUGAGUUACUAUUUUCGGUUGCAUCCUCAGAAAGCAACUUACGUUCCUUGUGGGAACCAAUAGCUGUGUUUCACGAAACUGGAACAAUUCAAGGAGUCAUUGAUAUCAUCAAGCAUCAGAAGUAUUAUCCAGAAUGUUUGAGAGAUCAUCAUGUUGUUAAUCAAAUAUUGGUCGCAUUAAAACUUCUUAUGUCUUACACCUACACUGAAGGCGGUGUAUUGCAAAUUUUGAAGGCUAGAAUGGAUGACUUUAGCGGAUUUGAUAACGGAGAUACUUUUUUCGUAUUUUUGUUGAGGCUUCUGAAUCAUUCUGCGGAGAUUCUUUCUGAUAUGAGUGACUUUGUUGUCUAUGCCGAACACCAAACUACCGCUGAACCUGCAGCAGCAAUGACUAAUGAUGAACAAACAUUAAACAUUCAAGAACACAUAAAAAGCCAAGACAAUCCAAAAUUUAGCGGAAAUACUACUGAAAACAAUAAGAGCGACCCACAAAGCACAACUUUUACUACAACUUCAGGCGCUGUCCUAUCAUCAGAAGUAUUUGAACAUCGGAGAGAAUUACUAGAUUUAGUAUGGCAUAAUUUAAUAUUGAUACGUAGGCUUCUUCGAGUUGUUUACGGUGAUCCUAAAAAUAGUGCUUCUAAAAGACAUUUCAAAAAUAUCUAUGGAAGAGACGAACUUCCCGAUGACCCUUUACCAUCUCAAAAAAAGUCCAUGAUUCAAAUAUGCAUUGAGCCUUUAUUGAUGCUUAUGUCUGCGUUAGAUCAUUUAGAUGGGCGUUUGAACGAUCAGCUUGGAGCAGUUUCAUUGCUUGGAUUUGAUCAACCUUUCAAAAAUGGUCAAUCAGUCCAAAUUUUCAGAGUUCGUGGGCUUCUUUUGGGCAUGUUUGGAUUAUUAUCUCAAGUAAUAAUUGAAGAAAAAGAUUCCGCAUCAAACGAUGUGAUUGGAGAGUUCAAAUGUCGUUCACGGUUUUUCUCUGAUUUUGCUGGACGCCAUGUAGUGAAACAUUUGAUCAAUUUCAUUUUUGAAGGUCCUGAUAAUUUUUUAAGUGGAUUGCAUAUACUUAAUGAAAUUUUGCCGAUUCCUUUACUAAAAAAUCAAAAAUAUCAACAAACAGAUUCUCACAAUCAUUCAGAGGUUGCGAUGCAUGAUGAAAAUCUUAAUUUCAUAGAUGGAUACAGCUUAUCUACCAAUUUUAGCAAUGUUCAAAUGGAGGCACAGAUUUUUAGAAAUUAUUGGAUCGAUCAAUUGCUCCCAUUACGAGAUGAUAUCAUGCAACUAAUUAGAAGUCUUGCUCCUGCAAGUUCGAAAAUUAUACAUAUUAUGCUGAGAGCGGUUAUUUGUCAACUUAUCGACUUAGACGUUCACGACAGAGGCAUAGGUAGAGGUGUUAUUUCUGUAAUUGUCAACGAGGUUCGCAAAUCACUUAUACAAUGCCGAUCCACGCUUGAGAAAAUUGACAAUCAAAAAGCCAGUCUUAACAUUGAUGAGCUGAAAGAAGGUACAGAGCAAACAGAUGAUACUGUUGAAUCUUCAUCUGAAUUAGAAACAAAAUUGGCAUUAUUCGGACGAUGGAUGAGUCUUUUAACUUCAUUAGCAACCAAUCCAUCAGGAAAAUCUUUAAUACUCGAUUUUCUUGCUGAUACCGCUGAUGAUACGUUAAAUGGUAUCGAUAAACAAGGAUCUCCAGAAAUUUCUCGUGGGCUAUUGUCCUUAUUUUUGGAUUUUAUAAACACCACCAUUACCGCGAAUUUUGUAUACGACCUUAUUAUGGAAUUUUUAUUUUCAAUAUGCAAUUGUUCUAAAAUAAGUUCCGGUGCUAUUAUACCUGAAAUUAAUGAUCUCUCAUCUAUUAUUGACAAUUUACUGAAUUGUGUGAGGAGAGGAAAAAAUGGCCGGCUUCAAAAUCAAUCGUUGAUUAUUUUGAAGAAAAUAGUAGAAACAGAAAUAGGCACAUUAAUAAUUUUAACUAAACAAGAGCAUCGGCAAUUUAUUAGUAAUAUGAUUACCUGGGUUCCAACCCUUUUAAGAUCACCAGAUCUCAGGAUGCAAGAUAUGAAUAUUGCAUAUAAUUUAGUGGUGUUUAUUCUAAAGGUCAUUUCAUAUAUUCCCCACACCGACGAUGAUUCCGUUGGUAUCGAAGAAAUUGGCUCGUUAUCAUUAUUGAUUGAUGCUCAUGAAGGUCUCGAAACUCUUAAUGUAUAUGACAACAUCGAACAACACGUCCUCGAGCUUUCAUUCGACUCAAAUCGUAUUGAGGAAGACAUUAUGUUUGACAAUCAUUUAUGUCAAUUAACCGUUAACGUAAUUCGUACAUUAAAGGAGCAUUUGCAUGCCUAUGCUUUAAAACGAAACGAUCGUUUAAUCAACCGAGAUGAAAUCAUAAAAAAAUAUGAUCUGAGAAUGCUGAAA